AUGCCAAUCCUCGACCUCUACCUCUUCACCCUCGCCAAAUCAACAGACCCGCAAUCCUUCAUCCAGCAACUCAAACAAACACCCAACCUCAAAGUCAUCGUCGCAUCGCGCCCACGCCAUGUUGUCAUCCACCCAAACAUCCUCGACAGCGAAACCCUCACCAAAAACCCCUGGGACCUCCUAGUCCUAAUCCAAAACAACGACCCAGAAAAACAAAACCCGGUCCACCACCUCCGCCACUCCAUAACAAACUCCUACAAAGUCCCAACCGGCAUCCCCUCCAAACUCCUCUCCGACUACAACACCCGCUCCGACAAAUUGAAGUCCGAAGCUUCCAGUAUCCCAUUAACAGGUUCUCUGGACAAGCUCCUCCGCGCAGGAAGCAAAGAUACGUCGCAGAACCUAGAAGUCUCCCCUUCGCUUCUAGAAUUCAUGCACCAGCUCGAGAAAACAUUCAAAGGUCCUGUGACGAUGCUGAACCUGCUUCAUUUCCACCAUCCGGAUGGGAAGAAGAGCUAUUACCAGUACGGGCAGGCUUUUAUUCCCGUUGCGGGGAAGAGAGGUGGACAUGCGAAGCUGGUGGGGAAUGUAGUGCCUGCUCCUGAGGGACAGGAUUAUUCGAGGGAUGGCAGGGAGAAGGAAGGAUGGUGGAAUGAGAUUUCGAUUGUGCAUUAUCCGUCCAUUCGCCACUUCUGUGAUAUGCUUGCUGGGGAGGAUUAUCAGGCUAUUAACGAGAAGUAUCGCUUGUCGGCGCUUCGUGAUACUUUCUUGCUAUGCACCACUGAGUUCGAUGUUGAGGGAUCGGGGAGCUCGAAGCUGUGA